GUCGCUGUGAUACGAGUGCCCCGGUGAAGUGCGGCCUCCGGCCGGCAUGUGUCACUGUCUGGCGGUAUCUCGAUGUCUCCCGCGUUGUGAGGCGGUGGAUGGUGAGGAGGAUGGCGGUGGUUGGAGCGCUGCGUAAGGAACUGGCGGAGGCUGUGUCCAGCUGCCGGGUGCUGGUGGUCGGAGCUGGAGGAAUCGGCUGCGAGUUAUUAAAGAACCUUCUGCUCACCGGCUUCACCAACCUGGACGUGAUUGAUCUGGAUACAAUAGAUGUCAGUAACCUCAACAGGCAGUUUCUGUUUCAGAAGAAGCAUGUUGGGAGGUCAAAGGCUGAGGUGGCUAAGGAGAGUGUGCUGCAGUUCUGUCCGGAGGCCAAUAUCACAGCUUACCACGACAGCAUCAUGAACACUGAAUAUGACGUGGAAUUCUUUAAGAAAUUCACCUUGGUUAUGAACGCAUUGGACAACAGAGCGGCCCGGAACCAUGUAAACAGGAUGUGUCUGGCUGCUGAGAUAUCCCUGAUAGAAAGCGGGACGGCUGGAUACUUGGGACAGGUCACCGUUAUUAAGAAGGGCGUCACUGAGUGCUACGAAUGUCAACCCAAGCCCACGCAGAAGACUUUCCCCGGCUGCACGAUCCGAAACACUCCGUCAGAGCCCAUCCACUGCAUUGUAUGGGCAAAGUAUCUGUUCAACCAGUUAUUUGGGGAAGAAGAUGCUGAUCAGGAAGUCUCUCCAGACACCGCUGACCCAGAAGCCUCCUGGGAGCCCACGGAGGCCGCAGAGCGGGCCAAUGCAUCCAACGAGGACGGAGACAUCAAACGCGUUUCUACCAAGCAGUGGGCCAAGUCUACUGGGUAUGAUCCGGUGAAGCUGUUCAACAAGCUUUUCAAGGAUGACAUCCGCUACCUGCUGACCAUGGACAAGCUAUGGAGGAAGAGGACAGCGCCAGUUCCCCUGGAUUGGUCAGACAUGCAGAACAGUGAAAAAUGUUCUUCAGAGCAGAAAAAUGAGGUUCCCUCGGUCGGCCUGAAAGACCAGCAGGUUCUGGAUGUUGCCGGCUAUGCUGAACUCUUUUCCAAGAGUGUUAAGACUCUAAGGAAACAGAUAUCUGAGAAGGGAGAUGGAGGCGAGCUGGUCUGGGACAAGGACGACCCCCCAGCGAUGGACUUCGUCACAGCUGCCGCUAACCUCAGGAUGUAUAUCUUCAGCAUGAGUAUGAAGAGCCGCUUUGAUGUAAAAUCUAUGGCCGGGAACAUAAUUCCAGCAAUUGCGACCACUAAUGCCGUUAUAUCUGGGCUCAUCGUACUGGAGGGUCUGAAGAUUUUAUCCGGGAACCUAGAACAAUGUAGAACAGUAUUUCUGAACAAACAACCCAACCCCCGAAAGAAGCUGUUGGUGCCUUGUGUGCUGGAUCCCCCGAACCCCAACUGCUAUGUGUGCGCCAGCCGACCAGAGGUGAAAGUGAGGCUGAACGUGCACAAAGUAACGGUGCAGACGUUGCAGGACAAGAUAAUAAAGGAGAAAUUCGGUAUGGUGGCUCCUGAUGUCCAGAUUGAGGACGGUAAAGGCACAAUCCUGAUAUCUUCCGAGGCUGGAGAAACGGACGCCAAUAAUGGCCGGAUGCUUUCGGACUUCGGCAUUCGGAAUGGUACUAGACUUCAAGCCGAUGACUUCCUACAAGAUUACACUCUCUUGAUCAAUUUAUUACAGAGUGAAGAUCUGGAGAAAGAUGUGGAGUUUGAGGUUGUUGGGGAUGCUCCUGAAAAAGCCCCGCAGAAACCAACGGAAGAAACUGGUAAAAGCAUCACCAACGGCAGUGACGACGGAGCACAACCCUCAACAUCCACAGCUCUAGAACAAGACGAUGUUUUAAUCGUGGACUCCGAUGAAGAAAGUCCUUCCUCCAGCAGUGCGGAUGUCAACAUGGAGAGCGUGAGCCUAAAGAGAAAACUAACUGAUGGCGACACAGUGCUCCGCAAAAAGAAACGCCUGGAACUGCCGGCAGACCAAGACGACGACGACAUCAUUUCACUAGACUGACAUCAGACCGACCUUUUUUUGUGUUUGUUUUUUUAUAUCCAUGUGACUUUCAUUAGGGUGUGUUAAACGUCUGCAGCUAGAACGCCAGUCCAUUGAAGCUCCACCUAAGCCGGCGUCCGAUUUCUCUUUUUCUACACUCGCCUGUGAAGUUAGGAUGCCAUGUUUAUUUAUACGUUCAUACACUUGUGUUGUACAUGGUGGCUCCGCCCUUCCUGUUGAGUAAAUACGUUUUCAAGUGGUUUAGCACUAAAACUGUGGUAUAACGAAGAAGUUUGACUCCUGUAUUUGUCGCCUUUGUUACAUUUUUAUUCUUCGCUUAGAAUAACGGCUUUUCUAGAGCAACAUGUUUCUCACACCCUAAUUUGAUAUCUAGUUUUCUACAACGUGCCACAUUCUGCUGCCUCCUCUGCCCUGCAGGGGGCGAUAAUGACCCGUAUGUGUCAGCAUUACUGUAACGCAGCUCUCGCGUCUGUUGGCGGCGCAGUACUUUGUUCUGCCAGAUACUGUCAAUUCAAACUCUGCAUUGUUCCAGGUUAUUUAUAUUGGUUGUUUUGUAAUACUGAAAUACCGCUUCCUUACUGUACCUCUAAAGGGACCAAAUAAAUGUCAUCUUGUAUA